AAAAAAAAAAAAAAAAAAUAGAGGAAUAAAAUGAAGUAGUGCCAAAUCGAAGACAGACAGAGAAGAUGGAGAGAGACCAGUGAGGAAGGUAGGGUUUAAUUGGCGGUCAUCACUCUCAAAUUUCCAAGUCCUAAGCGCUAGAUAGGGUUUUUGUGUCUGCAUGUCUACUUGACUUUCCCUUCGUCUUCGUCAUUAUCUUCUUCUUCUUUCUGGGGUUGUUGGAAACCCUUUUAGAAUAAAACCAGAGAGAGCGUCGUCGAAAAAAAAGGGGUCAAGAUGAGGAUUAUGAUCAAGGGCGGUGUUUGGAAGAACACCGAGGAUGAGAUCCUUAAGGCGGCGGUUAUGAAGUAUGGUAAAAACCAGUGGGCUCGAAUCUCUUCCCUUUUGGUUCGCAAAUCUGCUAAGCAGUGCAAAGCUCGCUGGUACGAGUGGCUCGACCCUUCCAUCAAGAAGACUGAGUGGACUAGAGAAGAGGAUGAAAAGCUGCUUCAUCUUGCAAAACUCAUGCCCACACAGUGGAGAACUAUUGCCCCAAUCGUCGGCCGCACUCCAUCGCAGUGUCUUGAGCGGUAUGAGAAGCUUCUUGAUGCAGCCUGUGUUAAGGAUGACAACUAUGAACCAGGUGAUGACCCGCGGAAAUUACGGCCUGGUGAGAUUGAUCCAAAUCCUGAAUCAAAACCCGCACGGCCAGAUCCUGUUGAUAUGGAUGAGGAUGAGAAGGAAAUGCUUUCAGAGGCACGAGCUCGGUUAGCCAACACAAGAGGAAAGAAGGCAAAAAGGAAAGCUAGGGAGAAACAGCUUGAAGAGGCAAGGAGGCUUGCUUCUUUACAGAAGAGGAGAGAACUAAAGGCUGCCGGCAUUGAUACGAGGCAGCGAAAGAGGAAAAGAAAGGGAAUAGACUACAAUGCAGAAAUUCCGUUUGAAAAGAAGCCACCUCCAGGCUUUUUUGAUGUUACUGAUGAAGAUAGAGUUGUGGAACAGCCGAAGUUCCCAACCACCAUUGAAGAACUUGAAGGGAAAAGAAGGGUUGAUAUGGAAGCACAACUAAGAAAGCAGGAUAUUGCUAAGAAUAAAAUUGCACAAAGGCAGGAUGCUCCAUCAGCCAUACUGCAAGCCAACAAAUUAAAUGAUCCUGAAACAGUCAGGAAGAGGUCCAAAUUGAUGCUCCCUGCACCCCAGAUUUCAGAUCAUGAAUUGGAAGAAAUUGCAAAGAUGGGUUAUGCUAGUGAUCUUCUUGCAGGGAGUGAGGAAGUCACUGAAGGGAGUGGUGCAACACGUGCUCUUCUUGCUAAUUAUGCUCAGACACCACGGCAGGGGAUUACACCUUUGCGAACUCCACAAAGGACACCUGUCAGUAAGGGUGAUGCUAUCAUGAUGGAAGCAGAAAAUCUUGCCAGGUUGAGAGAGUCUCAGACGCCAUUAUUAGGAGGAGAGAAUCCAGACUUGCAUCCUUCUGACUUUUCUGGGGUUACUCCCAAGAAAAGGGAGAUACAAACACCAAAUCCUAUGUUGACUCCAUCUGCAACACCUGGAGCUGCAGGUCUUACUCCUAGAAUUGGCAUGACACCAUCAAGGGAUGGCUAUGCUUUUGGCAUGACACCAAAAGGUACUCCCAUCAGAGAUGAGCUCCAUAUCAAUGAAGAUAUGGAUUUACAUGAUAGUGCAAAACUUGAGCUACGAAGACAAGCUGAUUUGAGAAGGAAUGUGCGUUCAGGAUUAGGUAAUCUUCCACAGCCGAAAAAUGAGUACCAGAUAGUCAUGCAGCCUAUUCUAGAAGAUUAUGAGGAACCAGAAGAAAAAAUUGAAGAAGAUAUGUCAGAUAGGUUAGCAAGAGAGAAAGCAGAGGAAGAAGCACGACAGCAGGCAUUGCUUAGAAAGAGAUCAAAAGUACUUCAGAGGGAGCUUCCUAGACCUCCCGUUGCUUCCUUGGAACUAAUUCGCAAUUCCUUGAUGAGAGCAGAUGAAAGUUCUUUUGUGCCUCCUACUUUGAUUGAACAGGCUGAUGAAAUGGUUAGAAAAGAGCUUCUUAACUUAUUAGAGCAUGAUAAUGCAAAGUAUCCACUUAAUGAUAAAGUGAAUAAAGAGAAAAAGAAAGCUCUUAAGCGCUCUGCAAAUGGUUCUACCGCUUCUGUCCCCGAGAUAGAAGAUUUUGAAGAAGAUGAGCUGAAAGAGGCUGACAGUUUAGUUAAGGAAGAGGCUCUGUAUCUCCGUGUAGCAAUGGGUCAUGAGAAUGAGUCACUCGAUGAAUUUGUUGAAGCACACAAAACUUGCCUAAAUGACCUCAUGUACUUCCCUACCCGCAAUGCUUAUGGUCUCUCAAGUGUUGCUGGAAACAUGGAGAAACUAGCAGCAUUGCAGAAUGAAUUUGAGAAUGUGAAAAAGAGGGUUGAUGAUGAUAUUAAGAAGGCUGCAAGCCUUGAGAAGAAGGCUAGAAUUCUCACAGAUGGUUAUGAGUUGCGGGCUAAAAAGAGUCUUUGGCCACAAAUUGAGGAUACUUUUAAGCAGAUGGAUACUGCUGCAAAAGAACUUGAGUGCUUCCAAGUUUUACAAAAGCAAGAGCAAUUAGCAGCUUCAUAUCGUAUAAAUAAUCUUUGGGAAGAAGUUCAGAAGCAAAAGGAUCUUGAGAAAACUUUACAAAGUCGGUAUGGAGAUCUCUUAGUGGAGCUAGAAAGGAUGCAACAUCUAAUGGACCAAUACAGAGUGCAAGCACAAAGACAAGAAGAAAUGGCAGCUGAGAAACGAGAUCUGGAGUUGGCUGAAGCUGCAAAAAAUAAAACAGUUGCACAGAGCAUGGAAAAUCCUGAGCAGCUAGACACUGCAAAUGAGCUUGGUAGAUCUACACCCCCCGUCAGCCCAUCUCAUGAUGUAAUUGUUGGUGAGCAAAAGGAUGCUAUGCAAGAAGAUGCUUAUUCGGGCACUGCAACCUCUACGGAUGCUACAGUUGAGAAAGAGAAUGUGAAACUGGGCGUAGAUGUGAAUCUACCUGAUAAUAUGUCUUCUGCUAUGGAAGGAGAGCACACAAAAUUAGUCCGAGGCAAUAGUUUCCAAGGUUCUGAUAGUCAAGUCUCUGGGUCAGACGGAAUUAUUCCUGAGACGGUUGCAGUUCAGGAUUCUAUUCGUGUGGAGGAUGUCGUUUCGGACAAGGUGAUCGCAAAGGACAAGAAGAUGGCUAAUGACUCGGUUGAUGCUGUGGACGACGAUAAGACAACCACCGCUGAGUUGACCAAUGAGAAUGAUGUUGCUUAAGACAGAACUUUACCAAACCAUACAUGGCAGCCAAGAAGCAGCAAGUGAUGAUGAUGAUGGGCAUGCUAGGGAGAAUUCUGGUGUUGAAGCUGAGACAGAAUCGGUGGAAGGGUAGAGACCACAGUGGCCUCUGCCUAGGAUCCCACCAAAAGGAGCGCUGAAAAUAGUUUGGUCUUAAAUAUUGUACUUUGGGUAAAUUCCAACAAUCAGCCGUGAUCCAUGUACUUUCACCCUGUGUCUCAAUUAGUACGUCUAAUAUUUUUCUCAGCCAACCAAAAAAAAAAAAAAAAAAAAAAAAAACGUGUACUAUUUUUUGAUGCAAUGUGACUUUAUGUUAAAACUAAACCCCGAUGAUCUCUUUUUGUCCGCAAUGUCUGUUAGAUAUGGAUGAAAUUUCACAUGUGUAUCUACUGAGAAACUUUUAUUUGCAUCUCUUUUCCCGAGGAUAUUAUAUUAUGAUUCUGUUUA